AUGGUUUUUGACAGUAAGACCUAUAUUAUUAAAAUUAUCCCAACGUCUUUAGUAGCGGCUGAGACAGGAUAUUGUGACGAAGCAGAGACAUAUAUCUGGGGUCUCUACAUUUUGGAUGCAUGGGGAAACCUAGCAGAAAAUCAGCUGAGAGGAAGCAUUUCUACAAGAGUGAGUAAUCUCAAGGGCAUGACUGAAGAACGACGCAUUAAGCAGGAUUUAUCGUAUGGGUGGGUGGCCGGUGUCUAUUACGAAGAAAGUCUGGUUGUAAAUUCAAAAGGUCAGUCUUUAAAAUACACAACGACUCUUUCCUUUUUGACUUGCAUAGACAUUUCAGGAAACCAUUUACAUGGAGAGCUGCCACAUGAAGUCACAGAAUUGGCAGGAUUGGUGGUGUUAAACUUGUCAAGGAAUCACAUUACUGGUCAAAUUCCAGAAACUAUUUUAGAAUUGCAUCAGUUGGCAUCACUUGAUCUAUCAAGCAAUAUGUUUUUUGGUCCAAUUCCUCCCAGCAUGAUCCCAAUGUCUUUUCUAGCGUACUUGAAUUUCUCAUACAAUAAUUUGUCAGGGAAAAUUCCUUAUGCAGGUCAAAUGGCAACUUUUGAGGCAAAUUCUUUUGCUGGAAAUCCUGGACUUUGUGGUGCUCCUCUUGUUGUCAGGUGUUCUGGUUCUGAUACAAUUAAUAAUGAGAUGGGAAAUGCCUAUGUUUACACUAAUGACAGGUGGCCUUACCUUGCCAUUGGAUUAGGAAAUGCAGCUGGCCUGCUGAUUCCUUAUAUGCUUAUGGCAGCCAAAAGAUCAUGGAGCUUGUUGACAUUGUUAUAUUUGGCUUGCAAAAGAACACCUUGUUUUGGGAAGCAUUGUGAUAAUCUUCACUAG